AUGACACCAACAGAAGAGUAUUCGUUGAAAUAUGUUUAUAGUAGUAAGGAUCAAAUUAAAGCCCCAUUUUAUGGUGUUAGUUUCAAUAAAUUUGACAAUUCUGGUGACUCAAAUUUUGCUAUAGUUGGUGGCUCUACAAUUAUAGUCGUAUCUAUCGAUGGUAGGAAAUCUUCAGAACCGAAUUUAUAUCAAUAUGAGCAGGAUAUUGUUCCUUUAAAGGAUCCUGAAAAUUUUUAUUGUUGUGCAUGGAUAUAUGAUCAAGAUACUGAUUCACAAUGGAUUGCCGCUGGUGGAUCUACAGGAAUUAUUAAAAUCUUGGAUGUUUGUACAGGACGUUUAAUAAAGCUAAUUCCAUCAUCUGUCAAAUGCAUGAACAAGAAACUUAUUGGACAUGGAGAUGAAAUUAAUGAAAUACAAAAUCAUCCAAGAGAUACAAAUUUGUUAUUUUCAGGCAGUAAAGAUUUUUCAAUAAGACUAUGGGAUUUGAAAACAUGUCAACCAAUCGUGAUAUUUGGUGGCGAGUGUGGACAUCGUGAACCGGUUUUAAGCAUUGAUAUACACAUAUCUGGUAAUUUCUUAGCAUCUGCUGGGAUGGAUCAUGCAAUAAAAAUAUGGACUUUGUGCACACCAAUUAUUCAAAAUGCAAUCGAUGUAUCUAAAAACAGUAAACCACAAAGAUAUAGCGGACAGUGUUGUACCACUGGUGAUUAUAUUAUAACACCACUUUUUGUGCAUUUUCCAAUAUUCUCAUCAAUUGAUAUACACAACAAUUAUGUUGAUUGUGUAAGGUGGUAUGGCGAUUAUAUAUUGUCUAGAUGUGCUGCGACAACUACUAUAAUAAUGUGGAAACCAAAAAUUAAAUUGUCACCAGUCGAGGACAAGUCUACAAUAACUAGUGUUGUUGUUGGGGGUCCAAGUAAGCCCUCAACAAGUUAUGAUAUUCAUUGCGAAUUAGAUUUUGAAAAUUGUGAUAUUUGGUUUCUACGUUUUACACUGUCACCUGAUCAAGAGCAACUUGUCAUCGGAAAUCAAACAGGGGAUAUAUUUUUAUGGGACAUGAAUCAAAUAUCAAAUGUUAUUGCUAAUUAUACAAAGAAAAAGAUAUUUAAAAUUUGUGGGAAAAAAACUGCCAAAGGCAAGAAAAAGAAAGGUAAAGAUGUAGCAAACUCUGAUUUAUUAGAAUGCAUCAAGUAUAAUAAUGUAACAAAUUUUACUCGAAUGGAUUUAAUUCAAUUUGCUAGCGAUGAGUUAAUUACGAUUGAACCAUUCUUUAAUUCAAGAAAGUUCACAAUUUCCGGAAAAGAGUUUGGACCUUUUAAUCCACCUAAAAAAGCUCAAGUGCCAUUAUGGGCAGCCUUAAUGUUGAAAGAAAAGAAAGUUUGUAAGAUCAUACAACCUGAUUGGUUAACUGUUGAGAAUCUAGACAUAAGGUCAAAAGAGGAAAAGCCAGAAAGUGCUUUUGCUGAUUUACCAUACUGGUAUAAUGAAAUUUCAAGUAUUUUAUUAAAAAAAGCUGAAGAUGAUUUAGAAAAUCCAAAUCAAAUAAGAUAUUUACUACAAGGACUUAAAGAAAAACGUGAAAUGAAAAUAAGACAGGGUUUAUUGGGGUUGGAUCCUUCAAUUCGUCAGGAGCAAAUGAAAUUCAUUCAAUGA